AUGCACUCAAAGGGAAAGACAGUGGGUACUUACCAAUGGCUUCUCGGUGACGAGCUUCCCUUGCCAUCUAUAUCGCAGGCUUUACCGGAGACCCCAGACUCUGAAAGUUCAGGUGCGAACGAUAAUAUCGGCAAGGUUUCCGAGUCAAGCUGGGAACUUGGCCCUGCAACGCUUAAUCCAUCUUAUUGGAAAGAUGAUGUCAGAUGCCAGAUCUUUCCUUCUGGUUGA